AAUCUCACCUUCACUUUCAAACAUACAAAAACAACUAUUCCUUUGUAAGCUUCAAACAUCAACUUGUAACCCAAGAAUGUGUAACUUAUCGGGUCAAAACAACUUCUUUGGCCGGCGAUGUGUAUGGGUCAACGGCCCUGUCAUAGUAGGAGCUGGACCCUCAGGACUAGCCGUCUCAGCUUGCCUUAGAGAACAAGAUGUUCCCUUUGUAGUCAUUGAACGCUCUGACUGCAUCGCAUCCUUGUGGCAAAAACACACCUACAACCGACUAAAACUUCACCUCCCAAAGAAGUUUUGCCAACUUCCUAGACUACCCUUUCCCGAGGAAUACCCCGAGUACCCAACAAAGAAACAAUUCAUCGCGUAUCUCGAAAACUACGCACAAAAGUUUGAUAUCAAGCCGCACUUCAAUGAGUGUGUGCAGUCUGCUAAGUAUGACGAAGCCUGCCAACUCUGGCGAGUCGUGACUGUGUCAACAACCGAGUCAACUCGGUCCGAAACAGAGUAUAUUUGUCAGAUGCUUGUGGUGGCAACCGGAGAAAAUGCCGAAGGGGUAGUACCCGAAAUAGACGGACUACAAGACUUCUCCGGUGAAGUCGUACACGCAAAAGACUACAAAUCCGGCGAGAACUACACCGGAAAGAAGGUGUUAGUCGUCGGAUGUGGGAAUUCCGGCAUGGAGCUCUCACUGGACCUCUCUAACCACAAUGCCAAACCAUCCAUUGUGGUUCGAAGCUCGGUUCAUAUUUUGCCACGUGAAAUUAUGGGAAAAUCUACCUUUGAUCUAGCCAUGAUCCUGAUGAAAUGGCUACCUUUGUGGUUGGUUGACAAGCUUCUAUUAAUUCUCACAUGGUUCAUUCUAGGGAACACACACAAGUACGGCAUAAAACGCCCAUCUAUAGGUCCUUUAGAGCUCAAAAACCGUCAUGGGAAGACCCCGGUUCUUGACAUUGGCGCCCUCCAGAAGAUCCGGUCAGGCGAUAUCACCGUCGUCCCAGGCGUCAAACGAUUUAAACGCAACUCAGUCGAGCUUGUCGAUGGCGAAACAGUUGACAUUGAUUCAGUUGUUUUAGCAACUGGAUAUCGCAGCAAUGUCCCCUACUGGCUUCAGGAGAGUGAAUUCUUUGCUAAAAAUGGCUUCCCAAAGACUCCAUUUCCAAGUGGUUGGAAAGGAAAGAAUGGGUUAUAUGCAUCAGGGUUUACAAGAAGAGGUCUAGCAGGUGUAUCUGCUGACGCCAUUAAAAUUUCUCAAGAUAUUGCUCAAGUGUGGAAACAAGACUUAAAUAAUAAAAAUAGAAGGCUACUAAGAAGAUGCAUUUCAACCUUCUAAUUCUAACUUAUUUUUAUUUUGUUUGUUUGACAAGAAUGGUAGGAGAACUAAUAUCUAGUAAUGGGUGUAUAGACUAGAAGAGCAGCCCUCACCGUAAAGCCCCAAAAAGAAAAUGGAAAAGAAUUAUUAUAAAGAUGUUUGGGCAUUUUGUAUACUAAAUGAGGAUGAUGAGGCUAAUUUUGUACUUUUUUUAAUGUUUGAUAAAUGAAAAAAAAAUGUUUAAUUUGAUCCA